UUUACAAUCAUAUGUUCGGCCACAUUUGUUUUGAUUGUAAUGCAAACCAAAAUAACAAAUUUUUUGUUUUUUACUUGUAAAAUUCGAUAAAAUUCUUCGUUUUCAACGUUAAAUCAUGAUCGAGCACCUAAAUGCUCGACGAAUGGUUGCCGUGAUUAUCGUCCUAAUCCUUCUAUGUAUUAUUAUUGUGAUACUCGAGGAAACAAUCACCGAUAAUGUUGAUCGUCCAACUCCUUAUUUUAACCAACAACAUCAUCAGCAGCAUUCAAAAUAUAAUGAUUCGAAUAUAAAUUUUAUUGGACAUCAUCAUUACCAAAAUGAAUCUAGAAAGCAGAUAAAAUCUCCAGCAAAAGAUUUCAGUCAUCCAUCAUUAAAUGUCCACACAAUAUCGUGUUUGAGUGAUGAACCAUUUGUGGUUGAAACACGAUGUACCCUUUGUUCUUGGUCUGAACGUACAAACCGUUUGCCUUAUUGCAUAGCAACCGGUUAUAAAGAACAAAUCUAUUGUCAAAAAUCGGGUCAAAAAAUAUGGCGAACCUGUGAUACAAUAAUUUCAAUGUUCUAUAUGUUCGAAUUAUUCAUGUUACUCAUGAGCAUUGUGUUUACAUUUUAUAUCCGAAAACGUCAAAGCAUGAUGAAUCGAGCCAUAUUGAGCCGUAUCGAAAAACAAAUCUCAUCCGGUGUUUAAAAUAAAUGUGUGUAUUAAUAUUAAAUUUUCAAUAUAAUAUAUAUAAAAGAUAAUAAAAAUGACUUGAAAAUUUUCAACCAAAAAAAAAAUCUGUUAUCAUGUUUAAGCUAUCAUAAGAUCUAGCGGUCAGCAGAAAGGAGAAAAAUCAACUUCAUACAGGACUGGUUUCUAUGUGCAUCAAAAUUACAUACGUGUGUUGGCCAUUUUUUUUGAGAACAUAAACAAAUGAAUGAAUGAAAACAAAGAACGAGUCCAUCGGCAAACCUUGAAUGAAUGGAGUGGCCAAGAUUGAAAUUAUGGCUAGUUCAUAUCUAUGUAAUAUGUUAAGAAGAUCAUUGAUUUAACAAAAUUUUGUUGUGCUAUUUGUUGUGGUCAAUCAAGUGGAUUCAGCAUUCGAAUUGGCAUGUAUGGAUAAAUGUAUGAAAACACGACGAUGUAAAAAAUAUGGAACACUCACAAUCGAUUAUGAUUGUGAUAAACAAUGUAAAAAGAAAUGUUACAAG